CACAACUCGGCUGAGCCAGGUUGCAUUCCUGAGCUGCUUGUUUAACUUUCACAUCAUUGUUUUUUUGUUGUUGUUUUACAGCUGAGCCUGGGCCCAGACAAGAUGGUGAUAGAUCUCACCGAUCCAAAUCGCCCACGGUUCACGUUGCAAGAGUUGGAAGACGUGUUGCAAGAGCGGAACCAGCUGAAAGCUCAGCUCCAUGUUGUGCAAGAGGAGCUCCAGUGCUAUAAGAGUGGCAUCAUUUCUCAGACAGAGGACCAGGCUAGGCCAAUGGAAGAGGAAUCCACUGUCAGCAGACCAGACUCAAGCAAGGCCAGAGAGAAAACCAUCAUAAGACGGCUGUUCUUUUUUAAACAGGGAAAAUGAAUGUGGUGCACAAAUUACCCCCUUCUGCUCAAUGCUGCACUGAUUAAGGGUCCACAAGGAGUCAAAGAAAGAAGUACUGGAAAGCGUACCAUCCACAUCAGUCCAGUGAAUGGGCCUGGUGUUACAAUUGUUUAUUUGUAUAAUUACUUUCAGAGUUUGCUGCUUUUUUUUAAAAAAAGAGUUUCGUACAUUUGUAUUAAAAAUAUUUUCUUCUUGCUAA